AUGGCUAGUGGACAUGCCACAGCAUCACCACCAAGUUUCUAUUGUUAUAAAUGUGAUCAACAUAUUGUACCUAUUGCGAAUUCGAGAUGUCCCAACUGUAAUGACGGAUUUAUUGAAGAAGUUCCAGCUGUCCAACACGUACCAGGAAGGCCUAGACAUAUGGGAAGAACAUUUUUAAAUCAAUUUGAAAAUUCUGGUCCUCCACCUGCAACAGAAAAUCGCAUUAAUACUAUUCCAACAGUGAAAAUAACAGCUGAACAAGCACGUGAUAAUCUACAGUGUGCAAUAUGUAUGGAUGAAUUUAAACAAGGCGAAGAAGCAAAACGUUUAAAUUGUACCCAUCAUUUUCAUGAACCAUGCAUAUCACGUUGGUUAAGACUCCAUGGUACAUGUCCUACAUGUCGAGUUACAUUAGAUGGUCAAAAUACUAGUAAUCAUGAAUAUUUUCAACAACAACCACAAUAUUCUCCAACAAAUAAUUCAUCAAAUCAGAAUAAUCGGAGAGGUAAUGGAGGUGGAGCAGCAGGUGGUGGAAACAGUUCAUCAAAUGGACCAUCUUUUCCUGGUAGUCAAGGAGGAUAUAAUCAUAAUAUAAUGGAAUUUGAUUAA